UAUACUUUGCAGUGCUCAUUUCCUGAGACGAACCUUGAGGCUUCUAUUAAUUCUUGUGUAUUCUCUUAGCGCGGCACAAUUAGCAGCUCUGAGUGUUUGGAAAGUAGCCGGUGAGCGGAGUGAGGAGUCGGCACGCGACGGUCGUACUUAAUAAAUGUUAGUACAUUGUACUAUGUGGUUUUGAUUCUCAUUCCAGUUGUCAAGACUAGAUUGGCGCUCGUAAAGCUAAGAAAGCAAGAUGUCGAACAUGUUGCUAGCCAGCAACUCAACAGCGGUUGGACUGACAUCUCCCCACCUGUCAAACAACGACCAGCUUCUGCUGACCUGGAGAAAGGUCAAGGUCUUAGACCUCGUCCCGAUCCUCGUCCUCGACUCCCUCUACAUGUUUUUCGGGGUCAUAGGUAACUCCGUCGUCUGCUACAUCUGCUACUUCCGGAUGCAGCGAAACGUCAUCAACAACUUCGUCCUCUCUUUGGCUGGUAUCGAGCUGUUCGGCUGCAUCUUCACCAUACCGGUCAGUAUUACAGAGGUCGUGAACGCCUACUGGUUCGACUUUCCCAAACUGUGUAAAACUGAGAGAUACUUCAGAAAGUUCGUGAUAUUUUCUUCGGCCUGUAUAUUGGUAGCCAUUGCAGCCGAGAGGUAUCUACGAAUCGUGAAGCCGCACCGACCCCACGUGACCAUACGGGGGUUCCAGAAGGCUUUGUGUGGCGCGCUAACCCUCUCGUUUAUCAUAGCCAUACCGGAAGCGAUUCUAGCCGGAAGCGAAACCGUCCGGACGCCGCACGGAAAUGGGGUCGUGUGUUCUACGUACCACUCGGACCAGUUCAGGGGGACCAUCUAUCCACAGCUCUGGGCCUUUUUCGUCGUCCUUGUUUACAUCGUCUCCACAUCCACCAUAGCAGCCAUCUAUUUCAUCAUCGCAUCCAAAAUCUGGACUCGUGGAAAAGUACCGACAGACGGAAGGUCAAGGCCAAACACUCCCGAUUCCACACUGCAGCGUCGGGUCCGACCACGUAGAGCCAGCAGCAGCUUCAGUUGUCCCAAAAUGCCGCUCAAAGAGAACGAAUUCAUCCGAGCAUGUGUAAGCGCCAAGUCGAAAUCUCGAUGCAAUAACAACAUGGAGUUCUACACAGCGAAGACUUUGCCCUUGCGUCGACACAGCGAGGACGAUAUGCUGGAAACCAAACAGAAGAGAGGGAUAUCGUUCAUCGAGGAUAUUUUCCACACCACUUCCAACAACCCGAAUUUUGAACAGACAAUAGAACGGGAGCAGUUCAGCCUUGACCUUCUCUCGCCUCACACCUUGUCGCCUGUGGGAAGUUUGAGGCGGAGGAGCGGGUAUUCCCGAAAACGCACGACGUUCAUCAUGUUCGUGAUGACGUUGACGACGGCUGUGAGUUACCUGCCUCACAUAGUGGUCAUGUUACACCGGCUCAACAACCCAGGCGUGGAGACCACUCUGUCCCCGGACAUGUCCGUUUUCUUCUAUUUCGCCUGGAACUCUUUCUUCAUCAGCCUCUCCUGCCAUCCGUUUGUCUACGGAUUCUGGAACGGACGUUUCAAGCUAGCAUUGGCCGGAGUCUGGCUAGGUUUCAAGCGCGGCAGGGGAGGAAAGGGAGAUAGAGAAAGUAGCAGUACAAACCCAAGGAAUAGUUAAUAGCAAAACUACUUCCAAGAGCUUUACAGAAAACUCAAAACAGACUCACUCUACUAAUACUAUGUAUUAUGUGAAUGAUCUUGAGGCGUCCUGUCUACGAAUUAAGGUACAUUUGGUACCUCACGAUUAUACAUACCGCUCACAACCAUGCCGGAAGAGCAUCUUACAGAGACAUGCAAAAUGCAACCCGGACAAACACAACGGAACGUGAGACACGCGAGUGAGGGAGGUGGAUCUUCCAUGAUUUUUACAAGGUCGGGAUCAAUAACUAAGUCUGUUGACGCCAUAGACUUGAAUUAUGAUAUCCUAGACCGUGCACUGACAUGGCCGCCGCUUUUGCUCUCUAUAAAAAAAGAUCUAGACGAAGGGCAAGAGGGAAAUGCGAAGCGUGCGACCUCGCAUCGUGGGGACGCGAAUGAAGAGUAAAACACCACAAGUCCUGCUGUAGUCGAGGGCACGCGGCGCAUUUCACCCUUGUCCUUCGUCUAGCUCCAAUUGAGUCAAAUUAUGGUGCACUCCAUAGUGAACGGAAAUGACGCUGGUGUGCACAAUCUAGGACACCAGCAUAUUGUGUUUCUAUGGUUGACGCAAUUCUUUUCCAUAGGCAGUGGCUUUACAAAUAAGACGUAAAUAAUUAUGUCGUCUCUUAUUGAAAGACACGAAGCAAGCAAGGCCUUCCGUUUCGGUGCCCAAACUGUGUUUUCCUUGACUACGUCGUUUCAACUUACUACUAUUGGUGUCACAGAGGACCCUUGUUCCUGGUGUUUGGUUUUUAGUAAGGUUUUACGGCGCUCAAAACUGUAUAAUGUCACAAUAUGGGCGCAAAGGGGUGGAUGUCAACAGAGAAGUCCAAACGGGGAAUCAGGCUUACCCUGCUCACCUCUCUC